AUGAAGAAGGCGGCGCUCAAGAAGUCGGGCCUCCUACCUGAGUCUGUCGAAUGCGGCCGCGAUGUGUUCAACACAGGCUGUGCUUUGCUGAGCAAUGAAGACCUUGAGAAGACCAUGAACCUGCUUGCGGCCCAAACGGCUGCCGAUUUGGAGAUGUGCGACAUCUUCUCAGCCAUGGAGUCUCUUGGGAUCGAUGACGAUGAAGGAGUGUAG